AUCAGAUCAGCAUUGACUUCCCUCUUGAUUAACGUUAACUUAACUGAAGAUGUUACCAUUUUUAGUAACAUAAUGAAACGUAACUUAUCCCCUGGGUUGGUUACUCUUAUCCGAGAAACUCAAGCCUCUCACAAGUGGGGUCAAACGUCACCACUUCCAACGUCAUCCAAGCUCGCCGCAACUACACACAACUUAGAGUCAUCUUCCUCAAGAUCCAAGCUCGCAAUUUGCAACAUCCAUGAGGCCUUCCACCAUCCCAUUACAACGUACGCAGCUCAUAUUUCGCCAUCUUCAUCAUACGAUGGCAGCCGAGAAUCCUGCCGCGUCCCCCGCUCCAUGGCGGGGCCUGUUCCUCGAACAUAUUCAAGCCAUGGACCUCCCUACAUGCUCCUUUAGCACUCUGCAUUAUGAGCCUCCAUCUUCAUCGGGAGCCGCACCCCGGAUCACUCCUCGGUCUCGAACUGUCGUUUUCCGUGGCCUGUGGGCCUCGCUAGCUCCCAACCCCAAGAAUCCAGCGCCGCUAAAUCCCUCCGCGUAUGAGAGCGAUCUCCUGGCUAUCACAAACGAUGCCCGUAUGCAGAAGACAGCUGAACUCUCUGAAUCCGGCACUUCAUCCGCAUCAUCACUCACGCCUCAGACUGGUGGUGGUGGCCCCGUCGAGGCCGUGUUUUGGGCCGUCCCGUCCCGCACUCAGUGGCGCAUACGUGGACAUGCCUACGUUCUUGGCCCAGACAUCGACUCCGAGGCUGCAGAGCCAGUGAAGACAACCAUCCAGCACCAUAUGCGCCUCACUGGCAGUGACGACGCCGCUGAUUGGAGCUGGGAACGUGAGCUGACGGCGCAUUUCGGCAACCUCAGUCCUGGGAUGCGAGGAUCAUUCCGAAACCCUCCCCCGGGAGCGCCGUUGAGCGAGGAACCGGCGCCGGGACUGGGAUUGGGCCACACGGUAGAGGAUCUUCAUGACAAGAUUGCGAGAGAAAAUUUCCGGGUGGUAGUGAUUGUACCAGAUGAGGUGGAUCAGGUAGACUUAUCGAAUCCGGAGAUUGCGCAGAGGUGGAACCACAAGUUGGUUGAGAGCUCCUGGGUAACCACUGAGGUUUGGCCUUGAUUGGAAUAAUAGACACUCUUUGGCACGUCUAUUUGAGUGAGAUGCCUGGUAAACCGCGUUCUGGCCAACCCUCCUGGUGAAAUCGACCACGUUCGAAGUGUUCCAAAAAACAUGCGGACCUAGAUUGCGUCAGGAGUUGGAUACUUGAGGACAUCGAUUCGUUAAAUGUGCAAGUUAUAAAGUGAACCCAGAUAUUCGUACCUACAUAUCUAUAGAGUACAUGGUUGAGACCAACCAACUGUAGUCGUCUUCGACUUGGAAUCCGUCUUCGAAAGUAUAUUCCUCGUU